AGGAUUAGCACUUAAACAUCUAUCAUUUCACAACGUAACAUGUGUGAAGGUGAACAAUUUUUGCACAAUAUAGAAGUAGUUUUUCUGUGCUAUUAAAAAAACCAAGUGGGAAUAUUUUUUUUGUUUUUGACUCGUGGGUGAAUCAUGUCAAGACAAGUGUCGACUUCAACAAGCUUAAUGAGCGAUGAAGAUGAGGAUCUUUUUGGUCUAAACCCUCCAGACGCGGCAACUUUUGACGAGAAAAAGUGGACCCGAGGCCAUUUAAGGUCCCAGUUCAAGACUUUGGCCCUCUACAGGCUCUUCAAAAAGUACACCGAUAAAAUAAGCUUCGGGUAUUUUUCCUUGUUCCUGAUAUUAACUUUCUGUCUGUUUAUUACCCAUACUAUUCUGCUGCUUGUGGAAUGUUUGGGCAGUGCGAGCAAAAUCCAUUCAGUGGUGCCCGACCUCAUCAUCUACUCAGCAGUUUGUCUCUUAAGCGUCUUGGGAUUGAUCACUUUGGAAAUAGUGGAGCGAAGACAGCAGAAAUGGUUCUACUUCUGCGCUAUUGCUUUUGGAGUCUUGUUGCUGGCCAAUUUUUUUCCGCCUAUUUACCACGAUCUGAAUAAUACGGCUAGUGAAUACUCCUACACUCCAGCCUACACUUUUUUAAUCGUUAUUGGCUGUUAUCUAUUUUUCGGCGUGCAGAAGAACUGGAUGGCGGUGUUAUUGGGAGCGAGCGUGUCUUCUGCACAUAUCACCACAUUGGUGCUGGUUACUUAUAGAGGAUCGGAUAUACUGGUUACGAGAGUUUUUUCAGAUAUCAUUUUUCUGACAUGUUUCAAUGGCCUGGGCCUAUAUUUCCGUUAUCUGAACGAAAUCGUUCAGCGAAAAAGCUUUCUAGAUAGACGCGACUGCAUUGUGAACACUUUUCAGCUGAAGCACGAAAAACAGCAGGAAGAGCAACUGAUGUCCAGUAUAAUUCCGGCGCCGUUGAUCAACAAAGUGAAGCAGCAUUAUCUGAGGAGUCAGGAAAACUAUAAAAAGUUCGGCAAACUGGGCAACGAUAAACCAGAAGAUUUGCUGGAGGUUCAUGAAGGAGUGACGAUUUUGUUUGCUGAUAUCGUCAAUUAUACUGUGAUGACCAAAAAGCUGAAUAUCAACGCCUUGCUGGAAACGUUGAAUGAGUUAUUUGGCCGAUUUGAUGAUGCUUCUGAUCGUCUAAAAGUAAUUCGAAUCAAAUUCCUGGGCGAUUGUUACUACUGUGUAUCCGGCUUACCACCAGAGCCGCCUCCUAAUCCUGCUGAAGCCUGCGUCGAUUUGGGCUUGAAGAUGAUUAAAAUCAUCGCAGAUGUUCGAGAAAAGAACAAUCUGACCAUCGACAUGCGAAUUGGGAUUCACACGGGAAAAAUCAUCAGCGGAAUCAUCGGCAAAGUGAAGUACCAGUUCGAUGUUUGGUCGAAAGAUGUUGAUAUUGCCAAUAAAAUGGAGAGCGAAGGGCUGGCAGGGAAAGUCCAUAUAACUAGCAGAACGAAGGCACUGUUGAACAAGGCCUACGACAUUACUCCCACUGAUAAGGGUAACACUGUCCCUCAAUUUAAGGACCAGGGCCUACAAACAUAUCUAGUGACUCCGGUAGAAGCUACUUCCAAAGCCAGUUCUUUAGACCCACCAGACAUCUUGAUGCAUACGCCCCAACCAAGACCGUCGAUCUUUCGCAAAAACGGAAGCGUUCCCAUUCUUAGCCAACUUCAGCAGUUGGAUUUGCCGCAAAUCUCCGAAGAGCCCAGAACCACCCUCACCAUUAUCGAAAGCAAUAACAUCGAGCAAGAUAACCAAAGGCGUCUAAAUGGGGACACAGGGCGAAGAAGCACUGUCUACCAGCGCAGGCCGAGUCAAAGAUUCCGGCCGAAUGAAGAAAGAAGAAUCACGUCGGACGUGAAAAGAAGAACGGCCUUUAUGAGCACGAAUUUCAAGCGUUACAAUGAGCGGUCGGCCAGCGUGGACAACGAAAUGGAGAAAACCAUAGAUAACAUGUCGUUUUCCAAGAAGGAUCAAUAUGUGGUGAAAGGUUCAGAAAUCAGCGGCCUGUUGGUGUUCAAGGAUCGGAAGGCCGAGUGGGAAUAUGUGAAGAUGAAGGAUCCGAUGUUUAAGUACUACGUUUUGAGCCAAGUGGUUCUGAUACUGUGCGUCUACCUGAUUCAAAAUUUGACUUUGGAGAGUCGAGCAUGGUUGCGCUACGAAUUCAUAACUUCCCAGCUGAUACUAGUGGUAAUCCUCAUUCCCAGCACCUGGACGUAUUACAUCUACCUCAAAUUCCGCACUCAAUUUCAAGACGUUAUGCCUAGCAAUGUAGUUGUCCGGUUCUUCUACACCAUUUCGCGCUUUAUCACCUACAACUUUCUGGCCCGAUUAGUCAUCUACACCUUGGUAUGGAUGCUGUUUUUGGCCUGCGUGUUUUUAGAAGUCUGGUUUUGCCACACUGAGUGCUUCCAAGACACAUCCUUGACGUCUGAAGGAUACUGCAUGGUGCCAUGGCACAUAACCGAAUCCUGCGCCUUAGCUCUAAUCAUGACGUUCCUUUUCCUGAAGAUUUUCAUCUGGAUUAAACUACUCUACGCAAUUUUAACUACUAUAGUCUACAGCUACUGCGCCCUCUACUAUGUCACUCCUAUUUACAAGAGCAGUGAAACCUUCAAUCCGUUUCUGGCGCCUCAGAUAUCCCACGUUCUGAGCAUCGUCUUCCUGACUUUCACCCUCCAUUUGAUUGAUCGGCAAACCGAUUAUAUGAAUCGCCUGGAUUUUCUGUGGACCGCCAAGCUAUUGGAGGAGAAACGAAAGGCCAACGAACAGCAGAUGGUCAACACCAACAUGCUGAUUAAUAUUCUACCGAAACAUGUUGCUAAAGUCUACUUGGAUGCCAACAAAGAAAUGGACCUUUACUUUGAAACCCAUAACCACUCAGCCGUUAUGUUCGCCUCCAUGAUCUUCGACGAAGACCUUAUGGAACAUGAAAUGUCCUUUCUACAGUUGAUGAAUGUCUACAUUACCAUUAUAGAUACACUGGUGAAUCGCAAAGAGUUUUCCAAAGUGGAAAAAAUCAAAAUUGCCAAAUGGACCUACAUGGCGGCCUGUGGAUUAACUGUGCCAGGUGAAAAUGAAAAUAUUGGCCAUUCGGUUGAAACCCAUCAUACGAGCAACACUUUGGAGGUACUGUUGAAUUUUGCGUCCACUAUGUUCCAGGAGUUCAAUAAGCAAAACACUUCCUUCACCCAAAUACAUCUGAGAAUUGGUAUUGCUCAUGGACCAAUAAUAGCUGGGGUUGUCGGUUCCAAGAAGCCCCUGUAUGAUAUAUGGGGGGACGCAGUAAAUAUGGCGUCCAGAAUGGACAGCACUGGAUGUCCAGGUCAGAUUCAGGUUUUGGGAGAAACGGCCCAGGAAAUUGAAAAACUGGGCUACGAAUGCGUCCCUAGGGGCAUCCGGACUGUUAAAGGAGUCGGCGAAGUCCCAACGUUCUUUGUUAAGCUUGACAGUGAUUUUAAACUUGCUAAACGCCAAAGUUUACCCCCAGAGGAGUGAAAGACUAAUUUCAUUAAAUACUCAAAGCUGGAAAACCUGCGAAGUUGCCGGAUGCAACUGCAUGACAAUUUAUUGUAAAUAUGAAUAGUAUGAAUGUUAACUUUUGUUUAUUUUUUUAAUAAACUCUUAUUUUUGA